GCGCUAUCGUGCAUUGGUGUUGUCGAUUUUGAAAUUUGGAUAUCGGAAACAUCUUUUUAAAACGCUUUUAAUCGGUGAUAAACCUGAGUUGAUUUGCUUCGUUAUCGCGGGUUGACGACCGUAAUAAUUGUUUUGCUUAGUGGAUCAUUGUGUUUUUCUUAAGAAUGGAGCCCAAAUCUUCGAGAGGUGCUGGCGAUUUCCUCGUCAAGACCAUGCGGAAGCAGAGUCUGCGAGCCAAAGAACGAGUUUUAGAGCGACUGGGAAAAGCUGACAAAACUCAAGAUGAACUCUUCGAUGAAUAUGUGGCCAAUAUUAGCAAACUGCAAAAUAAUAGUCUGCGGAUCCAGAAGGAAGUGCGGAAUUAUGUGACGGCACUUAAAACGAUGGAUACCGCCAGUAAAGGACUUCUGGACGCGUUGAAUGAGAUUUGUCAACCGGAGUGGUCGGGACAGCUGCAGCUAUCGUCGGCGGUCGAACAAUUACAACAAGCCCGAGCCGAGCAUUUGAGGAAACUCAACGACGAUCUACAGAACAACGUUACUAAUUAUUUAAACCAGUUUCCGGAAAUUAAGAAUAAAAUCGCCAAGCGGAAUCGGAAGCUCGUGGAUUACGAUGCAGCUCGCUACAAUUUAUCAGCACAAUUGAAUGCACCUAAACGCAACGAUAUGAAAGCCGCAAAGGCACAGGACGAACUGGUCGCCAUGCAGCGGGUAUACGAAGCAAUGAACGACGAACUACAUCGAGAACUUCCAGCUGUACACGAAAGUCGCAUAGGCUUUUAUGGAUACACAUUAAAGGCGAUGUUUGAUGCUGAAUACGUAUAUCAUGCAGAAGUGGCCAAAGUGUCACAAACACUGGCAGAAUUCGCCAAUAAAUUUGCCGAUCAGGGAAAAGUGCCGUACAAGUAUGGUUUUGGUGGCAAAAAACCCGUGAUAAGUGCACCGAUCACCAGCCCUGAACGCAUUUCGUCACCGCUUACCGAACAAGAAGCUGACCUGAUCCGAAAGGAGAACGGUCAUAGGGGUCAGGGGGAUCUUGCGACCCCGCGACCAACAGUAACCGUUCCGGAAACCCAGCAAACAACAACCGUUGUGCGCACCGUCUCUGUGGACUCGGAGCCGGAAAGCGAAUCCAAGCGAAACCUACAGCCUUCCACGAAUUCGGCAUUUACUCCGGUAGCCACGGUCGAACGCAACGCAUCAGGGCGCGUUGUUUCCAUGUAUCCCGAGCUUCCCGCCAAACUGGACCCCAUCGUGGAAACACGAAUAGUGCGCAACCGGCGAGAUUCGACCACCCCCAGUGAAAGUGAAGAAGAUUCGGGAGCACACACCCAUGACCAGAAGGCUUCGACUGAAUCAACCACAGUAGUGCGCGAUGCUCAUCCAUCAAGCCCAAAAUCUCAGUUAAGCGGCGAGUAUGCAACACCGACAGCGGAUGGUCCCGCCGAUGUAACGAAGACCGGAGGCAAGAUAUCCAGUUAUAAGGUGCUCUAUAAGGUGAAAGCAACGAAUCCUUACACUGCCGAAGAUCACGAUGAGCUAUCGUUCGAGGCUGGAGAUAUAAUUUCCGUAAUACCAUUCGACAACCCAGAAGAACAGCGACAAGGAUGGUUGAUGGGCUAAGGUUCAAUGGAGCACAGGGUGUUUUCCCGGCGAAUUUCACGAAAUUGUUAAGCCCGUAAAAUGAGAUGUUUACGGGGAUUACAUCUACCUCCUAGUCGUGCGUGCCACAUCCAUUCUACGAUUUAAUGCAUAAUAUAAUCUUGGAAAUUGGAAUAGGAAACGGCUUGUUUACUUCGUGGCCUAACUGUUAUUGCGAGUUUUUGCCCUGGUUUUCACGUUUCGUGAGCUGCUGACGGGAGUGACCUCGUUAAUUAGAUUGCUUCUUUUCUGACUGCUUCUAGUAAGGUUUUUGAAUUUUUAACGUGCAGAUGUUUAUUGUGUUUCUUGCGUGGCAGCCUCCAGUGUUGUUAAACGUUUUCAUAUAGGUAAUGAUUUUUGAGGAUUUUUUUAAACAUUUUACGGUGAAGUUGUGCGUUGGUUUGUACUGAUUAGUCUGUUAGGUUAACAUAUCUGUUCAUCAGGUUUAGAGAAUCUACCUGCCAGUAGAGAUUAUCGGGAGACUUGAAUCAUUUUUGUUAUGACGAUCAUUUGCUGUUGUACUACAAAGUUGUUUUCACAAAAGUAAAUGAUGAACGAAUAAAUGCACAAAGUUUGAUAUA